AUGACUGUAUUCAAAUCGAGGAAAUACACUAAUUAUUGGAGUGAAGAAGAAGAAGUCACAACAGUAGCUGGAAGUGAUCCUCUCACGACGGAAAUCACUGACGGAAUAGUGACAGGGACAUCUUCAGAAGCUGAGAGCGAAGUUUUCACCACACAAGCAAUCAACUACACGACAACGGCGAUGACAGAGGUUGAAGAGGGCGAUUUAACGACAACAGCGGAUGAUGGAAUCGAAGUGACGACAAUAGAAUACGCGGACGAUGCUGGCUUCAUUCCUACUCCAACCGUCACAGGAUUUAAUAUAAGAAAAUGUACUAAAUUUGUAGAGCUGACCCAGCCUGAAGUGACAACAGAUGAACUCGAUUGGUGGCAGACAGCAGUUAUUUACCAAAUUUAUCCGAAAUCCUUUCAGGACAGUGAUGGCAAUGGGAUUGGUGAUCUGCAAGGUAUUAUAUCCCGUUUGGACUACCUUGAAGAUACUGGCUUCACUGGCUUCUCCCUGGCACCUAUUUAUCCAUCACCACAGGUUGAUGGAGGUUACGACAUUUCGAACUUCACUGGUAUCGAUCCGAUUUUUGGGGUAUUUGAGGAUUUCCAAGAGCUAGUGAAUACGGCCCACGAAAAAAAUUUGAAAGUGAUUUUGGAGUUUGUCCCUAACCAUUCCAGUGAUGAACAUAUCUGGUUCCAAAAUUCCGUAGCGCGUAUCGAACCCUACACCGACUACUACGUCUGGAGGGAUGGAGUCAGUUUAGGCAGCGUACUUCAACCUCCAAAUAACUGGAUCAGUGUCUUCGGUGGCUCUGCGUGGACGUGGAAUGAGCAGAGACAACAGUACUAUCUACAUCAGUUUCACAGUAGUCAACCAGAUCUUAACCUGCGCAAUUCUGCUGUAGUUGCAGAAAUCACUGACGUUCUCAGAUUCUGGCUUGAUCAAGGUGUCGAUGGUAUUCGAAUUAGUUCGACCGCUCAUCUUUUUGAAGAUGCCAGUUUUCCUGACGAACCCUUGAACGAGGAAGCUAGUUCAGAAGUUACAGAAACGGAUUACGAAUACCUCCGACAUCUUUACACAACUGAUCUUAACGAAACUAUGGAAAUUAUCUAUCAGUGGCGAGCGGUCGUUGAUGAAUACUCAACCCAACCGGAUAGUGAAACCAAAAUACUUGUUACUGAUUCAACUGCUGGUCCAGAUGUCAUUACCAGAUAUUUUGGUAACGGAACUCAUGAAGGAGCCCACAUACCAUUGAACUUUGGCUUUAUUUCCAACUUGUCACGAGAAUCGACAGCAGAAGACUUCGUAGAAGUAGCAGAAAAGUGGUUCUCUGCGUUAAACGACGGUAGAACCUCCAACUCGAUUUUCGGAAAUCACGAUUUCAGGCGUGUGGCCUCAAGAUUCUUUUUGAACCGAGUCGACGGCCUUAAUAUGCAGCUUCUCUUGUCACCGGGUACCGCAUUUACUUAUCAAGGCGAAGAAUUGGGUUUACUCGAUACGCUAAUAUCGUACGAAGAAACUCAAGAUCCUGGUGCAAUUGCCGCGGGGCCAGAUCGUUUUGAACUAUUCACCCGUGACCCAGCAAGAACUCCCUUUCAUUGGGAUGGAUCAACUUCAGCCGGAUUUUCUUCAAACUCCUCAACCUGGUUACCAGUAAAUCCUAACUACCUAGUCCGAAAUUUGGCUAUCCAAUCAGCAGCUACGAGAAGCUUAUAUCAAACUUAUAAGGCGCUGCUCGAAAUUAGACAAUCUGAAACUAUCAAGCGUGGAUCAGUUACCUUCAAAUCUUCAAAUGAUGGCAUGGUGAUGGUUAUCGUUCGAGAGUUGGAAGGGUACGAAAGUUAUGCCAUACUAGCUAAUUUUGGAGUUCAGUUUGCCAAUGUAAAUCUAACAGCAUUGACAAAUUUUUCAACUGUAAAUGUCACUGUAUGCCUUGCAAGUGCAAACUCUUUGGUGGAAACAGGAACAACAAUCGAUGUUAACUCGGUCGUACUGACAGCAAGUGCUGCUGUUGUUCUGUGUAAUAAGGUAACCGAUGUAACAGAGCCUACAACAACAACGCCAAUUACGGAUGCUGAAGCAGUAAUUCUUGAUGAUUGGUUCAAAACCGCAUCCAUCUAUCAAAUCUACCCUAAAUCAUUCCAAGACAGCAAUGGUGAUGGCAUAGGUGAUCUACAGGGUAUUAUUUCUCGACUGGAUCAUUUACGAGAGACAGGAAUUACAGCGAUCUGGAUAAACUCCAUAGCCACAUCACCGCAGAUCGAUGGAGGUUACGACAUCACGAAUUUCAAAGACAUUGAUCCGAUAUUUGGAAACCUUGAAGAUUUUGCAGAACUAGUACGUCAAGCGCAUGCAAGAGAGCUGAAGAUUAUCAUGGACUUUGUUCCCAACCACUCCAGCAAUAACCAUGUCUGGUUCCAAAAUUCUGUCGCACGUAUUGAACCCUACACAGACUACUACAUUUGGAAAAAUGGAUCCAUAUCAGAUAGUAGAAUUCAGCCUCCGAACAACUGGUUAAGCGUGUUCGGUGAUUCCGCGUGGACAUGGAAUGAGGAGCGACAACAGUACUAUUUGCAUCAAUUCCACUCAAGUCAACCGGAUCUGAACUUUCGUAAUCCUGAUGUAGUAACGGAAAUGACUAACGUCCUCCAAUUCUGGCUUGAUCAGGAAGUUGACGGUUUUCGCAUCAGUUCAACUGCUCAUCUUUACGAAGAUCCCGACUUUUUUGAUGAACCAGUUAAUGAGAACCGAGGUCCCCACAUUCUAGAAACGGAUUACGACUAUCUCGACCACGUUUACACAACCGAUCUUAAUGAAACCGUAGACAUCGUCUAUCAAUGGCGAGCCUUCGUUGAUGAAUAUGCGGCACAAACUGAUGGCCAGGCACGAAUUUUGAUUACGGACUCCUCAGCUAACCAAAAUGUGGUUUCCAGAUACUUUGGUAAUCAAACUCACCAAGGAGCUCAUGUACCAUUGAACUUCGAAAUUAUUGCCAAUUUGACUCAGCUUUCAUCAGCAUCCAGCUAUAUCAAUGCAUUCAAUAGAUGGUUUGCCAUUGUACCAGAAAAUAGAACAUCAAAUUGGAUUCUUGGAAAUCACGACCACACUCGCAUAGCUUCAAAGUUUGGCUUAAAUCGCGCUGAUGGUUUGAACAUGCUGCUACUUCUUCCCGGAACUACGUUUACUUACAUGGGUGAAGAGUUGGCCCUUCUAAAUACCGAGGUUUCAUUUACCGACACACAAGAUCCCCAUGCAAUUAAUGCUGGGCAAGAUCGAUUUCAGCUCUUUACGCGAGAUCCUGCACGAACUCCUUAUCAUUGGGAUAAUACAAGCUUAGCAGGAUUCUCGACUGGUAAUUCAUCGUGGCUACCUGUGAACGAAAAUUACGUCUUAAGAAAUCUUGCAAUCCAAAAGGCUGCUGAAAGGAGUAACUAUCACACUUAUCAAGCCAUACUCCAAUUAAGGCAACGAGAGUGCAUCAAGUACGGAACCACCCAAUUUCUAUCUCUCAACUCUGAUAUGGUUUUGGCUUUCACUCGGGAACUUAAUGGCAGUGAACGCUAUGCUGUCGUUAUUAACUUGGGCCUUGCCCAACUCAUGGUAGAUUUGUCAAAUCUGGAGACAUUCGUUAAUGAAGACGUCUACGUUUUCUUAGCAAGUGCCAACUCCGUGAUUAACACCGGGUGA